AUGAAGCGCUUCAGCCAGAGGGUGCAUGCUCAGCUCUCGCGCGGCAAAGACCCCAAUAAGCCUAAGAAGAACAAGGACGCCAAAGAUGGCACCGCAUCCCCCGGCGGUGCUGGCUCAGGCAGAGAUGCCAACCAGUCACCCAACCCGACGCCCUCGUCCUCCACCACGAACCUCGCCGAUGCCCGCAACAAGCCCCUGCCUCCUAACAACGCCGGCGGAGAGCACGGCACCGCGAACCAGCCCUCUCCAUUGAGCAACCAGCAAGGUGCCGACCGCUUCAGCUCUGCGGGUGCUGCCCAAGGUGCUAACGGGGCAGGUUCUCCAGGCCGUCAUGGAACUUUGCCGCCUACCGUCAUCAUCAGCCCCAGUGCUCCGCACGUCCCACCUCCCGGUGCCGCAGAGACCAUGCCGCACGAUCUCGCGCCCCCCAAGGCCGGCACCAAGUCGCUCAUGUUCGAUCGCCUCCACCAGACUCCCAAGGACGUCCCCGAGGGUCUCAGGACACCCAAGCGACAGCACUCUUCACGAUUCGACAUCUCUGCUCACCGCGAGCUCGAGAAGCUCCCCGGCUUCCACGAGGUGCCCCCUAACCGCCGCCAGGAGCUGUUUAUGCAAAAGAUUGACCAGUGCAACGUCAUCUUUGACUUUAACGAUGCCAGCGGUGACAUGAAGUCCAAGGAGAUCAAGCGAUUGGCGCUCCACGAGCUGCUCGACUACGUUGCUAACAACCGCCAAGUCAUUACGGAACCCAUGUACCCCAGAGUCGUCGAGAUGUUCGCCAAGAACCUCUUCCGCCCUAUCCCCCCGCCGAUGAACCCCCAGGGCGAAGCGUUCGAUCCCGAGGAAGACGAGCCCGUCCUGGAGGUUGCAUGGCCCCAUAUCCAGGUCGUCUACGAGUUCUUCCUCCGAUUCAUCGAGAGCCAAGACUUCAAUACCAACAUUGCCAAAGCCUACAUUGACCACAGCUUCGUCCUCCAGCUGCUGGAGCUCUUCGACUCCGAGGACCCGCGCGAGAGGGACUUCCUCAAGACGACCCUGCACCGAAUCUACGGCAAAUUCCUCAACCUCCGCUCCUUUAUCCGCCGCUCCAUCAACAACGUCUUUUUCCAGUUCACAUACGAAACGGAACGAUUCAACGGUAUCGCCGAGCUUUUGGAGAUUCUGGGUUCCAUUAUCAACGGAUUCGCCCUGCCGCUGAAGGAGGAGCACAAGACCUUCUUGACAAGGGUGCUGAUACCAUUGCACAAAGUCAAGAGUCUGAGCAUGUACCACCCGCAGCUGGCAUACUGCAUUGUCCAGUUCCUCGAAAAGGACGCGUCGCUGACGGAAGAGGUCGUGCUCGGCCUCUUGCGAUACUGGCCCAAGGUCAACAGCACAAAAGAGGUUAUGUUCCUUAACGAGGUCGAAGACAUCUUCGAAGUUAUGGAUCCAGCCGAAUUUGCCAAGGUCCAGGAGCCUCUGUUCCACCAGCUCGCCAAGUCUGUAGCCAGCCCUCACUUCCAGGUCGCAGAGCGAGCGCUCUACUUUUGGAACAACGAGUACUUUUGCAACCUGGUCAGCGACAACGUCGAGAUUAUCCUGCCCAUCAUGUUUGCGCCGCUCUAUGAGAAUUCAAAGGGCCACUGGAACCGCACCAUCCACGGCAUGGUGUACAACGCCAUGAAGCUGUUCAUGGAGAUUAACCCCCAACUAUUCGAUGACUGCUCUCACGACUACACCGAGCAACAGAACAGCGCCGCGGCCAGAGAAGCCUUGCGCGAGAGGAAAUGGGCUUCCAUCACAGACCAGGCCGAGCAAAGACGAUCAGCAAACGGCGCACCGACCGCGGGUAGAGCCCACGCUGGAUCCCUUUCCCGCGUCGACGAGGUUGACGGCACCGAAGACAACCAGAAGCGUCUAGAUUCUCUUAAUCUGCAGGAUGGAGAUCGCAGGGAUCGUCGGCAAGAGCAACAAGACUCGGACGCGGAAGAGAACGGCGAAGUCAAGGCCGAGGCGGACGAGGAGUCAUGA